GGAACGAAUCGAAGAAGACAGGUCUCUGAUUCUUUCUAUACAAUUCUCUAACCCUUUUGGUGGGUGAUACUAUCUUCUUGGACGGGUGGUCGUAUACGUUCGGUUCCAGCUGAACUAUCCCUUUCGCGACCGGUGCGCUAAACCACGCGCCUCUUCGCCUCUUCGCGCGAAUCCGGUCGAUCCUCAGGAUAGGUGCAUUUCCCCACAUGCCUUGACUCCCUCGCUCUGCUUUUUAUUUUUUUGCUUGGUACAAAGUUGUUAUGCCAUUUCAUUUGGCGCAGCUGAGACUUUUAGAGAUUUAAGCGCUGUGAAAUAUAUGUGUAUGGUGCCUGGGUUGGGAGGCCCCAAUACCGAAAUUAAACAAGUUCAAUGGCUUCCAACAAUCACCACCCACCGCGUCCAAGCCUACCCAUGUCAUAUUCCCAAAGUAGCAUUGGGUCUGCCAAUGGGAUGUCAUUUUCGCAGUCGCAACUUGGCUCUUUCAAUGCUUCCCAGUCCGUGGCAACAACUCCUCGAGGUACACCCCCUCCGAAAGGAUCGCAACAGUCGGCAAUGUCAUUUACCUAUUCGAAUGGCCUACCUCAUGGUGCGCGAGGUAGUUUCAACGGCUUUGAAGACAUGAAUGGUUAUGGAGCAAUGGUGACGUAUCAAGAGGAGAUGAAGCCUCAAAUCUACAGAGCAGUUUAUUCCAAUGUUUCCGUCUACGAAAUGGAAGUUAAUGGAGUCGCCGUUAUGAAGCGUCGUUCGGACUCUUGGUUAAAUGCCACCCAGAUCCUCAAAGUCGCCGGUGUUGUCAAGGCGAGGAGGACGAAGACGCUCGAAAAGGAAAUAGCGGCUGGUGAACAUGAGAAGGUCCAGGGAGGCUAUGGUAAAUACCAAGGUACAUGGGUGAACUAUCAGAGGGGCGUGGAACUUUGUCGCGAAUACCACGUUGAGGAAAUGCUGAGGCCGCUUCUUGAAUACGACAUGGGGCCCAACGGCACCACUGGUUCCGCGCAGGACUCUUUAGAUACCCCCACGAAGGAACAGGCGAUGGCGGCGCAGAGAAAACGGCUAUACAGCGGCAUGGACAAUCGUAAUAUGUCUCAACCACAACAGGGUACUUUCUUCCAGAACAUUUCUCGCACUGCCGCAACAGCGGUCAACGCUAUGAGUAAAGCUCGCUUUGAUUCUCCUGCAGCAAGAGGUAUCGAUGGCAGGCGAUCAAGUAUCAUACGAAAGCCUUCAAAUCAGACAGGCAGUCAAGAAUCGCAACUUCCGUUCGCCAGCCAACAGAGCAUGUACAGCAUGGCAUCCGACAACGGAUUCGGAAACAACCUUCACCACAAUGGCCGACACCCUCAUGAUACCUCAGCGUUUGAUCACGAUGAGUUUGUUGAACCUCCGCGCAAGCGAGUCCGGUCUUCUUCCAACCAUGCACAUUCAUUUGGACUCCAUUAUGAGCCUUCGGCAGUGUCGAUGACAGAGGCAACCCCGACGGAACCAAACGAUUCCUUUUAUCAAGAUAUGGAUAUGUCAACUCCUAUGGUUGACGGUAACAAGCGCGGCGUUGAACCACUUCCUCCAGCGACAACUCCUGAAAGGUUUCAAAAGAUGAAGCUUAUUAUGACCUUGUUUCUCGACAAGCGGACCAAAGACUUUUCUAAUCAUCCUGCCUUGAUGCAGCUAACUGGUCACGAUUUGGAGACCCCACUCGAUGAAUAUCGGAAUAACGCCCUACAUUGGGCAGCAAUGCUUGCUCGUAUGCCCCUUGUCCAUGCGCUUGUCGAGAAAGGCGUUAGUAUAUUCCGACUUAAUGGUGCCGGUGAAACUGCAUUGCAGAAAUCUGUAGGAACAAGGAACAAUUAUGACUAUAGAAGCUUCCCACGCUUGCUGCAGGUUCUUGCUCCAACAAUUGACAUGGUUGAUUACAGUGGGCGCACAAUUCUUCACCAUAUCGCUGUAAUGGCUGCAACGGGCGGCGGCGGUCAUGUGUCAGCGAAGCAUUAUUUAGAGGGCUUGUUGGAAUUUAUAGUCCGACAUGGAGGUAGCGCGCUGGGCCGACAAACCCCGAAUGGGCUCGAAAAUGGAGCAAACAUUGAACAACCCGCUGAGGUCAUAACGCUUGGUCGAUUCAUUUCAGAAAUCGUGAAUCUCCGCGAUGAUCAAGGGGACACGGCGCUGAAUCUCGCGGGGCGCGCACGUUCUGUGCUUGUGCCGCAGUUAUUGGAAGUGGGUGCAGACCCUCACAUACCAAAUCAUACUGGUCUUCGGCCUGCGGACUAUGGCGUGGGUGUAGAUAUGGUUGAUGGAAAUUCACAAUCUCAGCAAUCUGGAACCAAGAAUGAUUCCUUUAUGGACCAACUAGCUAAGACUAAGAAGGAGAUCCUUGAUGCAACAUUAGCCCAGAUUAGCACGAUAGUGCAAGAAACACUAGGGGGGCUUGACAAAGAAUUGGCCACGAAUCUCGCUAAAAAGCACGAGAAGUUUGAGCAUUGGCAUUCAAAAAUCCGCGAGUCAGCGAAAGCUCGGCAAAUUGAACAGAAACAACUUGACGAGCUCAGGCGCAAAGCCUCAGAUCGUAUAGGACUGAGCAGGCGCUUCAAAAACCUUGAGAUGUCAUCUGAAGAUUUGCUUGUACUUCUAAAGAGCAUCCAUGGUGAUUCAUAUGAUUCAUCGAGAAUGAUGUCGGUCGGCGAUGCCGACAAAGACUCCGGAAUUGAUAUCGACAAAUUCGAAGUUAUCUUUCCGGAAAACUUUGAUCCUGCCUCGGGGUUUUCCGAACAGCAAACUGCUUUCUUAGACUCGCUACCGUCUGCCGCAGCUCUGCAGCAACGCAUACAAGGCUAUGAAGCAUUCAACGAAGAAAUCAUGAAUGAAAUCGACCGUCUUAAAUCGAAGAAUGUGGUACUUGGUCAGAGCUAUCGGCGAAUGGUCAUGGCCUGUACUAACUGGACAGCUGAGCAAGUUGACGAAGCUGCCGAAGGUUUAACGGAAUGUGUUAAAGAACUGAAUGAUAAUCCAGUUCCCGAAGAUGAGGCUAUAGAAAUCCUGAUGAAGGACCGUGGUCAGGAUUGGUAACAUCUUCUACGAAAUACGAAAUACAUACAUCACAUAUGAGCCGGCUUUUCAGAGAAUUCUCCCCCUUUGAAAUCGCUGCAAGUUUACGAAUGUUUCUUUUCUAUGGUAUCUCAUUGUCUUUGGAUUCGGUACAAACGAGCGUUAGUUCAUAUGGAGCUUGGUGUUGAGCAUUCUGCACGUUUAUGCAUCAAUGUCUGUAUUUACAGAUACCCUAACAGCACAUAUAAUGGGUUUUGAAUGGUGUUUUGCUUUUGUUGUAUCUAUAGAUAUGUGUUUGGUAAGGUUAUAUUGUUCCCUUGAUUCAAGGAGAUAUAUAUACCAAACUCCGGGCAGCGUUGUUAUUCUGCCUCGUACUUGCUACUGAGCAGGUUGGGUUUGCUUCAAUU